AUGCCAUCGUCAAGCACUUCCGAAGGCGCCCCCCUCGCCGACUAUUUCUGGAUAGCCGGUGUGGAUGGUACAGAGAUCCUGGACACCUUCCAGAGAUUAGGAGAAGAUUACCGUGCCAAUGGCGCCGCAUCCCCAGGCCCUGCGCUCGCAGACACCAUUCAAGAGGACGCCGAUGCGGAGGAAGAACACAACCCGGAUGGGGUCUCCCGGCCAAACUCGAUGCUCUUCACCGGCGCCGGUCACAGGGCGUCUUCUCAACGACUAUCCACACUCUCGAAGACCUCAGAGGGAACAAAUGGUGCUGGCAGUAACAGUAACCGGAGCAGCAUGACCGUCAAGGGUGCCUCGUCACCCCUGCGUGCCUCAGCUCUGUUCUCUGAUGACUUCGAUUUCGACUCCGCGCUGUACAAGUUCGCCAACGAGCGGGAAUCUUUUCUGACCGACUUGAGCUUGAGCGCUGGCGCUAUUACUCCAAAUACGCGCCCGCGGUCCAGGGUUCGCACGCAGAAGAUCGUCUCCGACGAUUCGCCCUCGCCUAGCGGUAACUUGCUGAGGUCGGGUAUUGGAAGCGUGCGACGAUCCUUUCGCGAUAUGAAUAGUAUGAAGCGGCAGCCAUCGAUUGCUCGUCAAGCUUCGGUGCGAACUUCUCGGCGACUGAGCAACUACAACUCGGUAAUCCCUGUCCCACAACCCCUCGAGAUAUCCCCCACGAUGCACCCGUUGAAACGACGAUUCGAGCCCGUUCUCCUCGACAGAUACCCCACACGCGGCAUGCCGGACGAGAUGAAGCAGCGCGGCAAUUUCCCCGAUUACGUCCCUAUGUUCGCCUUUCCGAACGAUGUCAACAUCGUCUCCUCCGAUCAACGACCGCGAUCUACCUGGCACGGAUUUGCCAUGACAACAGACAAUGGCUCUAGGCUGCACGCCAUCUGUGUGCUCAUCUGGAUACCGCUCAACCCAAAUGCCGCGGAGGAGCUCGAGAAGCGCUGCGAGGAAUGGCGAAAGGACAACAUGACAGACGAAGAGCGUGAGCUAGCUGCAAGCUUGGGCGAACGAUUGGCAUCAGAGCGGGCCAAAUUAUCCCGGCUCCUAGCCCAGUUGCCGACUGUCCCCUCAGGAUCCGAAUCCCGCGAACAGCUCGAAGAUGAUAUCAGCGCCGUGGAGGAGAAGAUUGGGCUAAUGACCGAUCUCCUCCGUCCGGUCCGGCACGGCGCAGCCUCCAAGAUCGAGGGUCUGACCGAUGGUGAUACUGGGUUCUGGAUUCCCCGUGCGUACGGUAUCUUGGGCCGAGAGAGCACAAUGACGAGCUUCUGGAAGGAAUGGCUCAAGGCUGUCGUGGUGCCCAUGACAGAGGGCAGUGUACAGCACGUGCCUCCGCCCUCGCCGCGCAUGGGUAUAUGGCAGCCGCUGGAGCGAUAUGUCAUGAAUCUCUGUACAGAAGCGUUCUGUCCAAUAUCCUCGAAGACUCAGGUUGAGAUUGCGAUCCGUGAGCUGCGGUUGUUCGCACGUAAAGAGGCACCCAAUGAGAUCCCUGGUUCUCGUAAUACUGAUCUCUAUGCCUUGUUCCGAACUUUGUCGGUUCCCAAUAUUAUCAUUCUCUUUGAGUACGCCCUUACUGAAUCCCGUAUCAUCUUCUUGUCUUCCCACACCUCCAUGCUUUACCUUGCGACCAGAGCGUUGGUCGAUCUUUUGUUCCCUCUGGAAUGGACAGGCGUUCUCAUUCCUGUCCUUCCCGCGCGCUUAAUUCAGGCUCUCGAGGCCCCUUGCCCAUACAUCGUGGGUAUCGAGCGUCGGUAUGAGAAGGUGGAACUGCCCACGGACGACUUUGUCCUGGUUGAUUUGGACAACAAUAUGAUCGAAAGCACCAUUCAACCGACCGCUCUUCCGCGUCAUCAGCGCAGGAAGCUUCUCUCCUUGCUGCAACUAGCUGCCCCUCAGCACAGUCGAUGCCACGUCCCGACCGGGCCUCCUGCAUAUGCAAUCGAGACUUACCCAUGGGACUCGUUCAUGUCAGAGAGCAAGGCCAGUUUCACAUCCAAAGCGCCUGCAACUAACCUCGCGAAAUAUGUCGGUCUCAACUCCAGUGCAUUCGGUGCAACAGCCGUUAUGCCAGGCUCCUAUACACCUCCGAUCUUCAACGUCUUCCUGCAUGCCCGAAACGAGGCCGGUCCCUCUCGUGGAUACUCAUCUCGCGGUAAUGAGCGACCAGGGACCAGCUCCACUUUGAGAGCUAGUGCCUCUCCGCCAUCCCCGAGAGAGAUUUCGCCUACCUCUGGCUUCUUCCCCCCUCCACCAGCCCCCUCGUCACGCAAUGAUUCUGGUAUGGCAUUGCAAGCUUCAUUGCGCGAGAAACGUUCCGGUCAUUUCGAUGCCGCCUCGCGCCGAAGCUCGUCGUUUGGAAUGAGUCGACGUCCAAGUGCUCCGUUCCUGGGUCAUGCUUCGAACCUCUCAGUGACAACUCUCAACAAUGACUACGGUGCCGGAUCCACAUAUGCGCCAUCUGUCUAUGCGCAGUCUACCAUCGCUGCAUCCACAAUUGUCCCUCAAUCCACAUACCAGCCCCCCGGCAAUAACGAGGGCACUUGCUGGGCUGAGGGUCACUAUUUCCAAGUCCAACCCUGGGAUGACAAGUUGACCUGUGCUAUCUGUGAUGAACUGGCAGAGGAAAACAUGUAUAAGUGCUCUGCAUGCAAACUGAUAGUCCACAACCGCUGUGCCUCCAUGGUGUGCCUGCCCUGUGAUGCAGCCUUCCAUCCAGAUCAGAUUCGCGCGGCGUUUGUCAGAUGCUUUGCCAGCUUGUUCUACACUUACAAGAAGUUCCUUGUGCCGGCCAGUGGCGAUAAGAAGAAGUCCGGCAUGUAUUACAAUUUCAACAUGGAGGCUUUCAUGAAGAGCCUUCCAAGCGAGCACGCCGAGUAUAUCGCAAUCCUACAACAGACACAAGGUUUCAACGAGUUCAUCAGUGACCGUGAGCGAACAAACCCGAAGUCCAAGGACCCUCGCAUGACCCUGUUCGAUGAGAUCGUCCUUUCAAAGCGCAACCGCGGCCGCACAUCCAUUUUCUCUGGCCGGUCGACAACAGACUUCCUCUCAGACACCUCGAACCAUCUGUGGCGUACAGCCAAUGCUACUUUCUUCGCCCCAAACAGCCGGAGCCAGCAGAAUCUUUCAGCCGACUACGGCAGAGUUCCCACAAGAGCACCGGCAAAUUUAGAUACUAGCCUGAUGACAGAACCCCGCAUGAUACAUGGUGCACCACGGGUUUCCAAGACGGCAAAUACUGCUCGUAGAAAGCCGCUGCCCAAACUGAUGAACGGGCUCGCCAUCUCUCCGCCGAGUUAA